AUGGUAGGUCUACUAGUGGGGUUGAUGCUAGUGGGAAUAGCGACAGUGAAUGCUACCCCCAAAGUUGAAGAAUCUGCAUGGAACGAUCUUCUUCAAGUUGGAGGAGAUAUCAACAUAAAAAGCAAUGAUGUCAAAUCUGCAAGAAGUGAUGGUUCCCUAGAAGACCACAUAGAAACAUAUAUAAAGAACCACGAAGUAUCAUUCGAUCUACCAAUCAUUGGAUCAAAGAAAAUCUUCGUCCCCAUUCUGAUCUUCAUCCUGAUCAAGGCGAUGACUCUGAUCCCGUUAGCCUUGGGAGUGCUCGGCAUCAAAGCCUGGAACGCUAUCCAGCUGAGUUUCGUGUCCUUUGUUUCUGCUCUGGCUAUGGCAGUAUGGAAACUUUGUUCCAAGGUCCAUCAUGAACCGCCUCAGAUCAUACACAAUGCUUGGGAUUCACAUGCGCACCUACAUCACGAUAGGUCGGACGUUGCCCAACAGAUGGCGUAUGGGGGCCAGUGA